GGCUCCAGACACAGCAUCGAAUGGGAGGAUCAUCAGCCGACCCGCAGCCCAGUGAGGGCUGAAUGAGUGCGCCUGUGGCACCGGACGCUGAAGGCUUGCCAUUUACACCUGGAGUCGUCGCGGCUUCGCCUUACGGGGACCCGACCGCGCUGCUGAAAGCCUGCGAGGUGGGGUGUGCCAUCGUGGUGGGCUGUGCACAGGUCUUGGAGGCCGCCGGGGAAGAGAUCCCCUGGGUCGAAGCUCCAGAGAGCAAGGCGAAAUCGAUGCUGGCCAAAGGCGGCAAGUCCAAGGGGAGGGGCGCCUCGCGGGCGCGUCCGCGGCGACUUCCAGGGCAUCAUUUUGCGACUCUGUCUGCAAUAUGCCAAGCUGAGCGGGAAAGACAAGGCGAGGCCUGCGAUGCCUUAGACGACGAUCUGGAGGAAAGUCUCGGCCUGCAAGCAGGCUCCUUUCCAGGUGGUCGGCAGAAGGGCUCGCGGUAUCCUCCCGCCCGGGAAGGAUUCAGGACCUCGAGGCCGUCAUUGCACGGGGUGAUCGCACGGCCCACCGCACCCUCGGCGAGCAGCCUGAAGGCGCUGCCCGCCAAGGGUGUGCAGGACUUCCUGAUGGCGAUCCAGGAGAACCGUCCGGAGCAGGCGCAGGAGGCCUUUCGACAGGUGCGCCUGGCGGUGGGCAACCGCGCGCGCUCCAAAGAGGCCUUCGGCGGUCUCCGCGCCAUGCUGCACUACUACCUGGAAACCAGUGCGAACUCCGACAAUUUAGACCAGGCGAAGAGCUUCUUGGAUGAGCUCAAAGCCAGCUCUGACGCUCGCCUUGUGAGCCCGGCAGCCUUCAAUGCAAUGCUGCGCGGGCUUCUUGCCCGGAACAACUUCAGGGAGGCCCAGAGGCUCCGCAACGAGAUGCCACGGUUCGGCCUGACGCCCAAUGAGGCCUCCUUGAACCUGCUCAUGGACACAGCUGCCCGAUCCGGAUCCCAGUACCUGGACGAAGCUUGGGACAUACUGGAGGAGAUGCAGCGCUUGAACCUCAAGGCGGACAAGCGCGGGGCCCCGGUUUCGGGGGCCGGGGCGGGGCCGCGGGAGCGCCGGGGACUGGAAGGGAUGCUCA